AUGUCCUCACAACGCUCACGGCCCUCAGCGAUUGAAUCUACCACCACCACCAUUGCCGAACCAACAUCUGAACAUGCCCUCGGGUUUACUGACAUCUACGGCUCCCUAACACCCCGCCAAAUUAGUGUCAUCACGAUUGGGUCGGCUAUUGGAACAGGCUUGAUGGUUGGAACAGGGCGAGCGUUAUCUAUGAGCGGCCCUGCAGCUAUUAUCAUUUCAUAUACAAUUGUUGGACUCGCGGUCUACCUCGUCCUCUCUGCCUUAGGGGAGGUCGGUUCGUGGUUACCGAAGCCAUAUACCGUUGCGGAUCAAGCUGUUCGAUUUUGCGAUCCUGCACUCGGGUUCAGUUUGGGCUGGAUAUUUUGGCUCAAGUAUGCCAUCGUCACGCCAAAUCAACUCACCGCUGCCGCUCUUGUGAUCUCUUACUGGGUGGACUCAGAACAAAUUAACCCGGGUGCUUGGAUCACGAUCUUUCUGUCGAUCGUUGUGACUCUUAACUGCAUUAAUCAUCGGCUGCCCAGCCGAAUCGAAUUCUACAUGGCUUCGUGCAAGGUUGUCGUUAUGUUUGGUCUCAUGAUUCUGUCAAUCAUUAUUGCUCUGGGAGGAGGGCCCGAUCAUGACCGCAGAGGAUUUCGAUAUUGGUCGUACCCUGGUGCUUUCGGCUCUCAUGCCCAUACUACCAACCUUGGUGGAUUGGCGGAUAAAUUCUACAUCACUUGUUCGACAAUGUCAUCUGCUACAUUUGCAUACAUUGGAAGCGAGCGAUCAGGAAUGUGUCACUUCCCUAAUGUACGGAAAGCAACCUCGAGAGCUAUCAAGAACACGUUUUGUCGGAUUCUGGUUUUUCAUCUCCUAGCAAUCACGUUGCUUGGGAUGAUCAUACCUCAAAACUCGGUUUCGGUGGCAUUUUCCAGUCAAGCAUCUGACGAUGCUGCAGCAUCUGCGUUCGUGGCAGCCUUGCAAUUAGCAGGAAUAGCAGUGCUGCCCGAUUUGCUUAAUGCGUGCAUUUUGAUCUUUGUGCUUUCAAUUGCAAACUACGAUCUCUAUUUGGCCACCAAGGCCAUGUGCGAUCUAUCCUUGAAGAAACGUGCCCCUGCCUUUUUGUCCCGAACUACCCGUGGUGGUGUGCCAAAGUAUGCCUUGGGAAUAUGCUCGUCGCUGGCAACCCUAGCAUACCUCAGCGUCAACCAAGAUUCUAAGGUUGUCUUUGGCUACUUUGUCGACAUGGUCACCAUGCUAGGCCUUCUGACUUGGAUCUCAAUUCUCGUUACCCACAUAUCAUUUGUAAGGGCGCGAAAAGCCCAAAGCAUCCCCGACAAAGCGCUGGCAUUCCGGGCCCGAUUCGGCCUGCCUGGGACUUACCUGGCUCUGGUGCUUUGUCUGUUCUUCUCUGUGACUAUUGUUUUCGACUCCUUUAACUUCGAAGCUGGCGAGCGUAAGUUCAACGUCAAAUCCUUCAUUGCUUCUUAUAUAUCCGUUCCAAUUUACGUACUGCUCAUGAUUGGACACAAAGUCGUUGUCAAUAGCAAACAUGUCAGUCCCAAAGAGGCUGAUCUAUGGUCAGGGAAAAACGAUCGCCAGCCGCAGAUAGAAUUGGUUGAGGUCACCCGCUUAUGA